UGGGAUAGCUGGAGGCCCAACAACAGUAGAUGGUGACAUCCAUAACUAUGUAUACCCUUUCUGUUUGUGUACCUUCACACUGGCUAGGUGUAGGCCAGGGAGCAUGCCCUUAGAAGGAGUUGAUUCUAUGUUUGCUAUUCAGAAAGAGUGUGUUUGUUAAAACCACCAGCCUACAGGUUUGAUUUUGCUGAAAAUUCUCUGCCUGACCUUGGGCAAUCAGUCACUAACUGGACCUCAGGGUGAACAACCAAUCCAGUUUGCCAGGGACUGAGUGGUUUCCUGGGACAUGGGACCUUCACUGCUAAAACCAGGAUACUCCAUCAUCCUAGCUCAGUUCCAUAUCCGUAAAAACGAGAUUGGAUUGGACUAGAAAGGGGUGGGAAAGUCUGCCAAAUCCUGCAUUCAGGCAGACAUUGCCAACUGCCCUUGGCACUAAUUCCUGUGAGCUUAAGUGUAUCCUCACAAUCCUUUGCAAUAAGGCCAGCUACUGUCAAUCAGAGUUGGCACCUAUUUGUCAUACUUGGACUGAGUUUUUGACAAGCUGAGAUUUUAAGGAUCAGAAUUUAUUGAAGACCAACUUUGAGUCAAGCUCUGCCAUAAAUCCCAUAUCAGGCUCUCUCCAGCUUGGGCUAAAUGACUUCCCUAGAACUUGCAGAUCUUGUUUUUUAGAAUUUGCACAUUUGUGUAAAUAUAUGAACUGGUAUUGGGUUAUAUAAGUCAGCUUGUUCUUUAGAAACUUAAAUUUAUUGAGUGCUCAUCAUGUGCUAGAAUUACAUAAAGGCUCUCAUGCUAACACCGCGAGCUUGUGAGUGCCUGCAUUUUGGAAAAAAGCAAACUGAGGCUUAGCGCGGUCCAGUGCCUAUCUAAGGGCCUCAGCCAGCAGGCAGGGGAGUUGAGUAAGAUCCCAUUCGAGGCCCUUCUGACUCCAACAGCUCCGACCUUUCCACCAUGAUGCGGAUUCAGAUGGAUUCUUUGGUCUUUUUCCACCUUUAGUCUUUGAUGUGCAUAGCCUACACCCCUCCCGGUCGGUUCUCGGACGCAAAGUCUCCAAGGACUUAAGUUUCCUCGCGUUCACGUGACAUUCUGGGGUUACUCCGCGCUGCUGUGGAGCCCAAAAGUUCCAGUGGAAAGGAAGAACCCGCACGGGCCGCUCCCUGUCUCCAAGAACCGGGCAGAUCCCCACCGGACGAUUCCAUACCAAGUGGCCCGCGGGCGGUCCAGGGGAAGAGGGCCGCGCCGCGGGAGGAGCUCCGCUUCGCUGCAGCCCAGCGGCGCCGAGGACAGACGGGCAGCGCAUGCGCGGCGCGGAGUUGUGAAUGGUGCGUUUUGUUUGCUGGAGUUUGGGGCGGGCGGGCGCGCGAGGAGGAGGGGUGGGGCCGACGGGGGCGGGUCGGGCGGGCUAGCGAGGUGGGCGGUGAGAGGAAGUGGCGGCGGCGGCGGCGGCGGCGGCCGGAGGCGGCGAGUACUGGGUCCGCGCGGGCGGUAGGCAACGGCUGAGGCGGCGGCGGCGGCGGCGGCGGCGGCGGCGUGGGCUGGGCUCGAGCGGGCGGCGGCACCUCAGACUCCCGGCGCGGGAGCCCACGCGGGCGGGCGCCUGAAACAAAGAGAAGCGAGAGUCAGGGCGCCGCGGGUGCGCGGUCAGUCGGUCAGCGCAGAGCCGGCCAGCGGGUGCCCGCGGAAGCCCGGAGCCCGGCCGGCCGGCGCAGCCUCAGGGCGGGAAGAUGCCGCGCGUCGUGCCCGACCAGAGAAGCAAGUUCGAGAACGAGGAGUUCUUCAGGAAGCUGAGCCGCGAAUGUGAGAUUAAGUACACGGGCUUCAGGGACCGGCCCCACGAGGAGCGCCAGGCGCGCUUCCAGAACGCCUGCCGCGACGGCCGCUCGGAAAUCGCUUUUGUGGCCACAGGAACCAAUCUGUCUCUCCAGUUUUUUCCGGCCAGCUGGCAGGGAGAACAGCGACAAACACCUAGCCGAGAGUAUGUCGACUUAGAAAGAGAAGCAGGCAAGGUAUAUUUGAAGGCUCCCAUGAUUCUGAAUGGAGUCUGUGUUAUCUGGAAAGGUUGGAUUGAUCUCCAGAGACUGGAUGGUAUGGGCUGCCUGGAGUUUGAUGAGGAGCGAGCCCAGCAGGAGGAUGCAUUAGCACAACAGGCCUUUGAAGAGGCCCGGAGAAGGACACGUGAAUUUGAAGAUAGAGACAGGUCUCAUCGGGAGGAAAUGGAGGUGAGAGUUUCACAGCUGCUGGCAGUAACUGGCAAGAAGACAACAAGACCCUAGUCCUGGAUCCAGUUUAGGUGGUGGUGAUGACCUCAAACUUCGCUAAUUAGUGGCACAAAAGAUGUGCGCCCCCAUCUUUACAUAUUCAUUUCUAGUCUGCAGAAAUAAUUGAUUAAAAGACCAGAAACUGUGAUAACUGGAGGUACUACGGUCUAUUUCUCAACCUUAGGCAGUAACAAGACAUCACAACUUCCAUGGUUUUGCACUAUGAUAUAAUACCUGCAUUUCUAAUUUUGUAUGCAUGUAGCCAGUAAUUAUUUGAAAUUUUCUUCUAUGCAAGCUUACCUUGUUGACAUUAUUUUAGUGAGUUGAAACUAUCCACUUAUAAAGCUCUUUUUUUCCACCAUUUUAAUUUAAAAGUUCAUGUCAUUUUAAAACAGGUCAAGAAAUUAAAAUUUUUAUCAGAGGGUUUUUUCCCCUAAUAAGUUGCCCUAUUUUUUUUUAAUUUUAGAUGUGUUGGUUAUACAGCUUCAUUUUAGAUUAAUGUUCUUGGUUUUUUUGUUUUGUUUCCCGUUUCCUUCUGUGUUUUUAUAGUCUAUGGCAUUUUAAAACUGCUGAUGGUUUGCAUUAUUUACAAGCUAAACACCUAGUAGCAUAGAGCUGUCUGCCACACGUUCUAACACAAAGUUUACAGUUGUUAAAGUUGCAGUAUCCUUUUAAAUGUUGAUAAUCAGCUCCUUUUCUUUCCUUUUUAAACAGAAAAAAUUUUAAUUGGUAUUAACUCUGGUCUGCCCCAGAUCUGUUUUAGAUUCUGUUUUGUAUUCAUGAGUUUGUGUGGAGAUAUUCUCCAUAGAUGAUAAUAUUCUACUGAAAUGCCUAAAGAAGUCACAGGCUGGCUUCUGUUUUAUUCAGGGAUUUUUUUUUUUUAAGUCAAUCAGAAAAGGGAUACUGGAGCUUCUUCAUGUAUGUAACAGCAUAUUAAACUGGAGACAGUGAUGAAUCAGCUACAAAGGUAAUGUUGUAUUAAAAUCAUGUUUAAGAUAGCUGCUUUUAUGUGUAUUUUAUAAUGCAUGCUUUUGUAAAAACAGUUCUGGGUGAUGAAAGAUUAGUCUUAGAAAAUGUACAUCUGUGCAGGGGAUACAUUUUCUUCCAUUAAUUAUUCUGGAAAAAAAUUCACAGGUUAUAUAUAUGGUAUUUUCCAAAAGGACUAUUAUAGAACCUUUUGAGAUGAAUUAGUAUAAGAAUAUUUUUUAAAUAGGCUCACUAUCAAAUUGAUUGCAACUUUUUUUUUUUUUAAAUACAAGACUGGAAAAAAGUGCUAAGUCAUUUGGCACCUCCUUACAAAUAUUUUUCAUGGUCACAUUCAUUAAAUGUUACUACAUUUCUGAAUUUUUGCAAAAAUGUAUUUUAUCAAAAUAGAAUGGCAUUAUUUUAAAGAGUUGGAAAAACUGACAUGGUCAAUUCAGAAAAUGAACUGAAGUCUGAAUAAGGUCAUUGCAUUUAAAACAUAUAUGUAUACUUGACUGAUGAGGGAGGUGUGACUUUCAUUGUAUAUAGGUCUUAUAAUUCAUAAACAUAUCCUGUAUCUCAGAAGAAAAAUAUUUGUUAUAUAUUUGAAGUCAUGCAUGGUAAAGGAGUAUGUUUAAAUUGUUAUAAACAAUAAUGCAUCAUAAAAGACCAUGCUGAUCUUGUGUAACUAAGUACUAUGAAUGAAUUUGGUUGGUAUUUGGUGUUGUGCAGCUCACAUGUUUACACACUCAGUGCCCUAAUUUCCCCUGAGGGAAUCACCUU